ACUAUUUACAAGUGAAGAGAUGCAUUCAGACCAGCAGGAGGAAAAGAAACCUGUAAAAAUGGAGUUUAUUGAAGAUUACAGUGAGAAACCUGUAAAGAUGGAGUUUAUUGAAGAUGACUGUGAGAACAGGAGUGAUCCUGAUCAAGAACCCCUCAGAGUGAAGCUUGAAGAUACUGAAGAACAGAUAGACCUGACGGUAGAGAUUAAGAAGAGUGAAGAACUGGAUGUAGCGGAGGAGGAACAUCGUGUCAAAACUGAAGAAAAACCUUUGAGUUGCUCACAGACUGGAAGUAAACUUGUGCUGAGAAGAGCCAUCAAAAUUUUCACUUGCUCUGAGUGUGGAAAAAGCUUCCCAUACAAACAACGUCUUAAAGAUCACAUGAAAAUCCACACUGGAGAGGAGCCACACAAAUGUGAUCAAUGCGGGAAGAGUUUCAUAAUUAAAUCAAAGCUUAUGUAUCACAUGAAAAUCCACACUGGAGAGAAGCCACACAAAUGUGAUCAGUGUGGGAGGAGUUUUACACUAAAAGGAGUUCUUAAGGAACACAUGAAAAUCCACACUGGAGAGAAGCCGUACACAUGUGAUCAGUGUGGGAAGAGUUUCAGAUUCACAAGUUCAUUAAGAGUACAUUUGCGUUCUCAUUCUGGAGAAAAACCAUUUAACUGUAAUCAGUGCAGUAAAAAAUUUCUUUUGGCAUGUUCCCUGAAGAAGCACAUGAAUGUUCAUUCAAAGGAGAAGCCUCACGUGUGUUCUUUGUGUGGAAAGGGAUUUUCAUUGGUGAACGGUUUAAAAUUACACCAGAAAAGACACAGCGGUGUGAAGAAUCAUGUGUGCUAUGUUUGUGGAAAAAACUAUUUUACAGAGGGGGUACUGAAGCAGCACCUGAAGAGAAGCUGCACACAAAAAAGAACCCUUUCUGAAAAGGAAGUGCUGUCAAGGGCUUGUUAA